AUGAAGUCCGACACUGAAGAACGGAAAGUUAUCGAGUAUAGGCCAACAGAUAUUGACGAACUUGCUGAUGUGCCGAUCGUGACUGAUCAGUUACUCCCUAAGCUAAAAAACCUUGCAAAAGUGUUUAAAAGAAAAAACGAUGGCCACCUGAUCGCCACCAGAAAGUCGUAUUUUGAGGACCCUGACUUUGAGGUGGCUAGACAAUACUACCCUCCUCCAACUUACGAGAACUACAAUAGUUUUGAUCCCUAUUUCAGGUGGACGUAUGAUCAGGAGCGUAAGCUUACCAGGAAGAUUGAUCUUCGCAUUCUGACUAUGGUCUGUCUACUAUUUUUCGCUCUCAAUCUGGACCGAGGAAACUUGGGCUCUGCUGUUGCUGGAGGACUUCUUAAAGAUCUCAACCUUUCCACGGAUGACUACAAUAAUGGCAAUACUUUGAGAUCUGUUGGAUUUAUUAUCUCUGAGAUUCCUUCUCAGUUGAUUGGAAAACGUUUUGGACCUGACUGGUGGAUUCCAAUUCAGGUGACGGCUUGGAGCCUGGUUGCCCUGUUCCAAUUUUUCAUAAGUGGGACGAAAUCGUACCUGGCAACUCGAUUUCUGCUAGGUAUUGCUCAAGGUGGAUUUAUUGCAGAUGCUGUGCAGUAUCUCUCGUACUUCUACACACGUGAUCAGAUGGGAUUACGGUUAUCGCUGUUUUGGUUAACUGACGCUGCCUCUGGUAUUAUCAGUAACUUGCUUUCAAUUGGGUUCUUGAAAAUCAAUCUCAAUGGUCAAGAGGGAUGGAGAUGGCUUUUCCUUUUUGAUGGCUUGAUCACGCUAGUGUUAGGUCUUGCCUCGUUUUUCUUUAUGGUUCCGGGCCCUACUCAAACAAAAACUAAAUUUAAUCCUAAGGGCAUUUUCACAAGAACUGAGGAGAAGAUCAUUACAAAUAGAUUACUUAGAGACGAUCCGUCUAAAUCGGGUAUGCACAAUAGGGAAGCAAUCACUUUCAAACAGUUCCUGAGAAGUCUGUCAGACUUCGAUUUGUGGCCUGUUUUGAUUUUGUCGUUCGUGUUCCAGAUUCCCCAAAAUCCUAUUAAGGCAUACCUGAACAUCAAUCUUAAAGCCCUUGGUUUUGGAAAGGAUCCAAUUAUCUAUCUGAACAUUCCCAUUGAGUUGAUGACCAGUAUCACAAUCGUUUUGAUUACGGUACUGUCUGAAGUGCUUGACGAGAGAUCUCUCGUCUGCUCGUUGCAACAAGUUUGGAUUUUGAUAGUGGUGGUUGUGGAGUAUGUUCAUGCUGAUACUUUGAGUCCGUGGGCUCAGUACGCAAUUAUGUUUUUUGCAAUUGGAAAUCCGUCUGCUCAGGCAAUCAUCGUGUCUUGGUGUUCGCGUUUGUCAUAUUCGGUGAGAACAAGAGCAAUUUCUGCACCGAUGUCAAACAUUGGAAUCCAGCUAGCAGGAAUAGCUGGGAGCUACAUUUACCGCAGCGACGAUGCUCCGAAGUAUCAUAGGGGAAACCAGGUGAUCAUUGGAUUAUGUUGUCUGAACAUUUCGCUUUUCGUGCUGACCAAGUUUUACUACAUCAGCAGAAAUAAUUACAAAAGAUCGAGGUGGAAUAAAAUGUCUAAAUUGGAAAAGGAGGAGUACUUGGCUACUCAUAGAAAUGCCGGAAACAAAAGACUGGAUUACUUAUUUGAGCACUAA